AUGGCCGUCGACGAUGCUUCGUCUGGUUCUUCCGUGCCUAUGUAUACCGGAGCUUCACACACCGGUGGCAUUGUGAGCAGAAGCAAAUUUUUUGCGGCAGCCCCCUUGACCGACGAAUCGGAUAUCAUCCACCUGGAUGAUGACAAGGAAGAGGUUCAAAUCAUCGAGAGCGACGACGAAUUAUGGGGAAGUUUCCAGCCCGAUGAACCUACACUGGUGGAAGAUGUCCCUGCGCGAAGUGCUCUUGCUGUUCCUGCUCGUCGAUCUACUCCUGCACUGUCUUCUUCCUUUCAAUUACCCCCUCCUGAACCGUUCCCAUAUAAACCCCUAGCUCGAUCGCCGCCUGUAUUUGCUCCAGCUCCUCUCGAUUCCCAAUCCCGUUCUGCUGGGAUCCACACGACCCUAGGAUACGAUCCAAAAACUGAUCCGCUCUAUCCUGAAGUUAUGAACGUCCUCAAAACGACUUACGGCCUAACAUCUUUUCGGAAGAACCAACUAGAAGCUGUCCUUGCGACGUUAAAUGGCAGAGAUGUCUUUGUCUUGAUGCCCACAGGUGGAGGGAAGAGUUUAUGUUAUCAAUUACCUGCUAUUUGUGGGAACGGCAAGACCCAGGGCGUCACCUUCGUGAUAUCGCCUCUCAUUGCGCUCAUGCUGGAUCAAGUCAAGGAGCUCGAAGAAAAACAUGUUGAUGUUGUGCUCUUCACAGGUGACAUGGCAGCCGAUGAAAGGAUUCGAGCCACCAAUAGGUUGAACGGGCAAGGCGAGAAGCCGCGACUGGUGUACAUCACCCCAGAAAAGCUCCAAGCCAGCGACAGUAUGAUGAAGACUAUGGAGAAAUUGCACGCUGCAAACGAGUUAGCAAGGUUCGUAAUUGACGAGGCACAUCUAGUCUCGACCUGGGGACGUGAUUUUCGUGGUUCAUACAUCAAUCUGGGGACCCUGAGAAAGUCAUUUCCAAACGUACCCAUCAUAGCAUUAACCGCUUCUGCCACCCCCUCAGUUCAAAAAGACGUCGCGGACCAGCUUGGACUUAAAAGCUACGUUCUCUUAUCGCAGUCUUUCAAUCGGGCCAACCUUCGUUACACUGUGCGUGGCAAGCCUAGCAACACCACGAAAGCGGCAAUCCAGUACAUUCAGAACGAACAUCCGAAGCAAUGCGGUGUCAUCUACUGCAAUGGUAGGGACAAGUGCGAAAAGGUUGCAUCUGAUCUUCGGGGGCAAGGCAUCGAGGCUAAGCAUUUUCAUGCCAAAAUGACGGAAAAAGACAAGAGGCACGUCUUGCAAUCAUGGAAGAAUGGUCGCACAGAUGUUAUCGUGGGAACAAUCGCGUUUGGCAUGGGCAUCAAUCACGCAAAUGUUCGGUUUGUUCUUCACUAUGACGUCCCGUCAACUUUGAUAGGGUAUUAUCAAGAGACCGGGCGUGCCGGUCGAGAUGGAAAGCCUGCUGACUGCAUCCUCUACUACUCAUGGGGCGAUUGCCAAUCUCACUUCAACCGUAUUCGCGAGAACGAAGACUUGGGGGCAGAGGAUAAACGACGUCAAAUCAACGAAAUGCAAGAGGUCAUCCAAUUCUGCUUAAAUGAUGUCGACUGCCGUCGAGUCCUGUUGCUGAAACAUUUCGACGAGCAAUUCGAUCCCCAGCACUGCGGCGGCACCUGCGAUAACUGUACAUCUACGAUACCAGCAACCGCGGAAGAUGUGACCGAGACUGCAAUUUCGCUCAUUCAUAUGAUGGAGGAGGUGCAGAAAAGCAGGAUCAACAUCACGCGCCCUCAAGCUAUUGACGUCUUCAAAGGUUCCGCGAAGAAAGAGUUCCUGGCCAAGAAACUGAACAGAUUUGACUCUUAUGGUGCUGGCAAGAAUCUGCCAUUAGCUCGCAUUGAACGCAUAUUCGACCACUUGAGCAGUCUUCAGGUUUUUGCAUCUAUAACAGAAACGAACAAUGGGGGUUAUCCUGUAACCUAUACAACGUUGGGACCAACGUACCGCGACUAUUUGAGAGUCGGCUCCCGAGUCAUUAUGAAGUUCCGCACAUCGCAGAAGACUGGGCGAAAGCCCGCCUCUAAGAAAGGUCAGGCCCCUCGCGCCAGGAGGAAUGGUCCAAAUCAGGACCUGGAAGACGAUCCCAUCGAUGAAGUAGAACAGACCAAUAAUGUGGCCGGCCCAGCGUCGUCUGUUUGGCCCCCGCCUCGAUCUGCGGCUACACGGGCUGUCUUGCAUACAGACUCUAUGGGUCCUGCUAUGGGCUGUUACGGAGAGCUCAAGGACCUUCGGUUGCAGAUAUCGGAAAAUGACGGUGUCGAUGCGGAAGAGAUACUUGGUGAUGGGACUCUUCAAGCGUUGAGUUUCAUCCUUCCAGAAGACCUCGCCGGUUUCAAAGAUGCCUUGGAUGGCGACGAUGCUGAUGAACCUGAUAAGAAAUGGGAACAAUAUGGUCACCGCUUCCUCGGGAUUUGUAUUAAAUACCGCAUGCGCCGUGAUCCCACGGCCAGUUUACGCCCAGGUCCUAGUACAGCAAAACCACCUAUCGAGUUUCAUCCGGAUAACAUGCAUCAGCGCUUCGAUUAUCGUUCUGGUACCUCGAAGCCUUCUUCCAACGGAGGUUGA